UCACACAGGAAAACCUUUUUAGUACUGUUGCAGACGGCCCCGUCUGUCUCCUUACUCCACCUAUGAGUCCCUUUCUGUAUUGUUUGGGUGCCCUGAGGGCCCUUGUGAUUGUCCCUUGUGACCGUCAGUUGGCGUGACUGUCACGUAAGCCGGCCGGCGCACGAGUAGGACAGUUAGACCUGGCGUAGCAGUCGAGACAAGUGUGUCUCCGUAAGUCUUACUGUCGUAAGCAAGUUUAAGAGAGAGCUUUGGCCAACACCUGGCUCCUUCGCGCGCAUUGUGUUUCUCGUGUUUAAUAUAUUCGUGUAAGAACCCUAAUUCAUUUGUCGUUUACUUAUUUAUUCGUGUAAUUUAAACAAUCUGAUUAGUCGAAUCCGCUCGUCGGCUGAGCAGAUUGCAACAUUUGGUGUCAGAAGUCGGGCACGGGCCAUUGAAUAGCUCUCAUUUUUUGUUGUUUUUUUUUUUUUCUUCUCCUCUCUCUCUUUGUAAAAUUUUCUUUGUGAGAGCUGCCCGUGCGAAAUUCACGUAGUUUUUUUUUUCUUGUCGUGUCACCAGCCCCCUCCCCCAAAUUUUUCGCAUCCUUUUUUUUUGGGUUGAAACGCCCCCUCCCAACCCCCCAACUUUUCGCGCGUAAAACCACGUGGCCCGUUGAGGCCUGGGAAUAAUUCGUGUCAUUUUUUUUUUUUUUUUUGGUGUGUGUGUGUGUAUGUGUGGCUUAUAUAAUCUGCGUGAUAGCCGCCAUUUCUUUUUUUUUCCUUCGCGUUAAUACGCUUUUUGCUCCGGUAUUGAGCAGAGUUUGUAUUUUUUUUCGUUUCUUUUUCUCUAGUAUUGAGCAGAAUAAGUAUUGAUUCUGUCCUUUUUUGCUUUGUUUUGUUUUUUUUUCUCUUUCCCCGAUCACGUUGUCCAGUUGUCGUGUGUCGUAACGACAACAACCACCCGUAUCUGUAUUUCAUUUAUUUAUUUAUUUUUUUUUUUCCUUUUUUUUUUGUAUAUUUAACUAACAUUUGGUAGUAAGUAAGUGUGUGGAGUCCUAUCGAUAGGUCUUGGGAAAUCAUAUGCCGCCUAAGCGUACAGAUUCUUCAGUGCCAUUUCAAAUAGUAACGCGUUCAACCACCAGGACGGUUGCCACGCCGUUGAAACCUGCACGAGUAGUAGUGCCGACCACACAAGUACCGUCACCGUCCCUGCGUGGUGGCGUGAGUAGGCUCACUUAUAAUUUACCAGUUUCGGCAACUGCAGUUUCAAGGGUACCAGACAUGGCGCUGCCCCAGGAUCUAAUUGAUGCGCUGAGAAAUCUCACGACGGCAAUGGGCCAAGAUCGACUAGCUGCCCAAAAUCAGGCGGCAGAUCUUUUGAACGCGUUGGACCAACAGCGUCAACAGUCAGCGAACUUGGUGCAACAGCUGGCCAACAAUGCAGCAGCCGGACAGAACCAGCAGCAACAGCAAAAUCUUCCCCAAGCUCCAGUUUUACCCAUUCCACGUAUAGCAAAUGCGGCUGUCGACUCCAUUCCAUGCUUUGAAGGUAAGCUGAUGGAUUUUCCGCAAGAUUUUAUUGAUUUCGUUGAUAGGGUAGCCGUGGCCGAGGGCUGGACAGAUGCGCAGCGCAUUCAAGUAGCAGCAAGGCGUCUGCUAAAAACAGCGUUGGAUUGGCAUAUCCACAUAGGCCACACCCACGCAACUUGGAAUAAUUGGUCGCUGGCAUUCACGGCGAAUUUUUCACCUCGAUUGCACGUGAGUGAAUGGCUCCAUCUAGUGGAAGAUAGGCGGCAGAAAAAUGGCGAAUCGGGUAUAGAGUACGCUUUGGACAAGCAUAAGGUAUUGCGUGUUGCCCCUAUCCCACUUAAUGAGGAGAAGAUGGUUGCAUUUUUGAUAGAUGGCCUCGCAAGUUGGCAACAUGUGGCCGCCAUGACAGCGAACCGUCCAGCCAACGUCACGGAGUUUAUUCAGAGGAUAAGGGAACUAGAGACUCUUGGCGUUGCGUCUCGCUUGGUACCUCCACCAGCACAUGGACCAGUGGCGCCACCUUGGGCUCCACCAGUGGUUCCACCAGCGGCUCCGACAGCAACCCCACCAUUGGCGCCAUCUAGCGCUCCUGAUUUAAACGCCACUCUAACAGCAUUUGGCAACCAGCUGGUUCAUCAACUGACUGCACAGUUCAACAAGAUGACAAUAGGGAGUCGUGGUACCGGUGGUGGAGGAGGCGGAGGUGAUCGUGGUGGAAGAAGCGGAGGUGAUCGUAGCGGAGGAGGAUGGGUCGACCCUAGCAAACGGAAAUGCUACAACUGUGGGGUGGUUGGCCACAUCUCCCGUCACUGCCCAGCAAAGUCGGGAAAAGGACCGACCGGAAGUUAGGAGCAAGGCCUAUGCUAACCGGUUAUGCACACCUUCCUUGUCGUCCCCAGCUUCCACUGGUUAAGGUAUUCAUAGAAAAUAUUGGUGAAGUGACUGGCCUGGUUGAUUCAGGCGCUAGUUUGUCUGCUAUAAGACUUAGUGUAGUAGGGAAUGUUUUGGAUCCUAAUCGUAAGAAACCUUUUGUAAAUCUAACUGGGGUGGAUGAUAAAAAAGUCAUUGUUGAUUCAUUUUGCUCUUUAAAAGUAAAAUGUGAAAAUAAGGUGGUUGAGUUAAAUGAAGUAGCUGUAGUUAAAAAUUGUCCAUUUGCAUUGAUUCUUGGGGUAGAUUGGAUUUUGAAAAGUAAAUCAAACUUGAUUGUAGAAGAUGGUAAAAUUGUUUUAAAAUCUCUUGAUUCAAACAGACCAAAAGUUAAGAAAGUUCGUUUUGCUGGCAUUGAAGAACAAAAUAUUUGUAUUAAAGAGGACGAUGAGAACAUUUUUUUUGUGUCUGACGAGCUGAUUGAUUCUUUGGAGGUAGAGAAUAAAACAAAAAGGUGCCCUCGUGUGAUAGGCACAGAAGUUAAAGUUGUGGAAUCAGUUGUUAUACCAGCAGAGUCUCUUUGUUUUGUAAAAGCUAAAAUUUCUAAAGAAUUCACUGGUAAUGUUAUCGUCAGGCCAAAUAUGUGUGCUCGUCCUGGUAUGGAAUGGGUUAUUCCAUCCUGUGUGGUAAAAGUGUCAGCGGGAAAACUUAAAAUCCCCGUAUUAAAUAUGAAAAUGUCAUCUCUUGUGUUACGUCGUAAAGGUUUUAUAGCGUAUGUAGAUGCUGAUUUCGAUCACAACAUGGUAGUCGUCGGGCAAGAAGAACAGCCAGAAAAUCCUGUUUGCUCCUUGGUUAACAAUGCUGUUCAACCCGAUGAGAAGCAGAAGAUCUUGAUGGACGCUCGCGUAGGCGAAAACUUGUCGGAAGAAGAGAGGAGUGCCGUUUUCGAGCUCUUGAGCAAACACCUACGGUGUUUUCCCUCAGCAGAUGGCGAACUGGGAUUUACAAACAUGGCGGAGCAUUCCAUUGACACUGGCGACACUCAACCAAUUAGUUGCGUCCCGUAUCGCGUAUCAGCUGUGGAGCGAAGAAUCAUAAUUGAAAAAGUCGCCGAUAUGCUGAAACAAGGUAUCAUCCGUCCAUCAUUUAGUCCCUGGGCAGCACCGGUAGUACUGGUUUUAAAAAAAUCAGGUGACUUUAGGUUCUGUAUUGACUUUAGACGUUUAAACGCAGUGACAAAAAGAGAUGUUUACCCUUUACCCCGAUUGGAUGACGUUUUUGAUCGUCUUGCUGGUGCUAAAUAUUUUUCCAGUUUAGACCUGAUGAGUGGCUAUUGGCAGGUACCUGUUGCCUCCGCUGAUACGUGUAAAACAGCGUUUGUCACUCCAGAUGGAUUGUACCCUACUGGCACACGUACGUCCGUGGGACGUAAUAUACAUGUCCGAAGCGGGAUUUGGGAUAUACGGAUCCGUUAUCCGUGGGAUCCCCUCUUGAUAUGCAUACUUCCCCUCCGAGCGAUAUAGAACCAGUAUGCCCUGUGGUUCUAGAGACGUCCGUUAAACGUUCAACGGUAGCAUUUCCGGAUGUACUGGGGAUGUCGUUGGAUGAAUAUACGAUACCCUGCUGUGGCCCAUAGUAUAUACAUGGUAUGUCCUUAGUACGUACACUCUCUAUCCAAUACCCCUUCCAGUAUGUCCCGUUAUUUUAUUUAUUUUUAACCAAAAAAUUAAUAAAAGAAUAAUUCGAUUAGAUUAUACCG